AUGUGGCGCUGUGGUAUGAGGACACACAUCACCAACAGAAAAAGCACCUACGAACUACGACUUAGAGGACAUCAACGAGGAGACUUGGCGUACGUCAACAGACUCUUCGGUGAGAGGUACAAGCAGUGGAAGAGCGACUUGCACCACCAUUUUCAGGCGUUUGAUGAUCCGCAAGUCGCUCUUCAGGAGGGUUGCCCGAAGGAGCUUGAGGGGCGGGAGGAUAGUUGGGCGUGGCUCUGCGCUCAUUUUCAGGCGCCCGAUUAUGUGAAUAAAGCCCAAGUGAAUAAGGGCAAUAGGAAGAAGAAGACUCUUCUUCACCAUUCCGGCUCCAGGCCCUUCUCAUAUAGGAUGGAUGCACGGCGUCGGACGACGAUGGUGGAGAGGAGCCAGUUGGUUCUUCAAGAGUCCGCCUCCCAACUUCCUCCCGAGACUCCGAUCGAGUCUGUGGAUCCUCCGCCUGAUGCUGGAUUUCAGAUUUUGACGCAGACGUUGGAUCAGACUCUCGGGAGGAGGCCGGGAACGUAUUGUAGGGGGAUGGGGAAUGCCCGACAGAGGGAACCUCGACCGCGGUCAUCGUCGCAGGCAAACAGUCAGGUGACUGUUUUGACAUCGCGGGUUGCCGAGCUUGAGGGUCAGAUGUCGGUGAUUCUGCAGUCCCUCGCGCGGUCCGGGCAUUCCAAUCCCGAAUUUUGGUGCGUCGACCUCCGAGCCCGUCCACCCCGAGCAUCCCCAGCACACCACGGCCCCUGCAGACACCCAUACCUCCGAGCCGCAUGUGGCAGAUGA